UUAAAUCGCGUAAAUUGGGUUUUAAACAGUCUGGAAUGGAGUUUCAGAGAUUGUCGUCUGGAUAUGCUCGUUCUUUUCACACGGCGUUUGAUACAGUUGGCGAAAUAAAGGGCCCUAUAGCAUCCCUUUGUGGUGUUCCUCGUCACUGUGUAGAUAUUGUUGACCUCGAAGACGGCCUGAUAUACGAGAAUAGCAGAGGAAUUUCGAACCUUCCCCGCCCUAUUCAAGUGAUGAUCGGGGCUACUGAGAGGCGUAUUCCGUUCUACCUUGUGACCACUGAUGUUGAUAUGAUAGAACAGGACCCUUAUGACGAGGAACCGAGGUUAAAAAUGUCGUGUGGACACGCCAUCACACCAUACAACUUAUUUGGACAUAUGAGAGAUACAUUGAUGAACAAAGUGAGACAUUCUAUUUGUUGCCUUACUCCAGUUUGCCUACAAGAAUGGAGUCUUCGAGAAGUGGCACAGAAAGCUGAUAUGACAGAUGACGAAAGGAUUUUCUUUGAAUAUAAAAUUUCACUAAAUGCUAUUCUUCAAGGCAACGGCGAGACAUCUGAAUGUCCAAAUUGUGGUCAAUUUUGUCAACGUCAACACAAUACCAAAGCGGUUCAUUGUACUCGCUGUGCAUUAAAGGGAUUGGACAAACAGUUUGAUUUUUGUUGGGAUUGCAAAUCUCCAUGGGUACCAAAUCAUGCCUGUGGAAAUCGAGACCUCGAAGCCAUACAAAAAAUCCUGAAUGAUGCCCCAAAGAAAACUUUAGAUUAUUCCAAAAUUGAAAAUGUCCCUUCGAAGAGACUCUGUCCAAAUUGCAGAACUCUAAUAGAACAUGAAAAGAUGUGUAAACAAAUGAGAUGUCCGAGCUGUAAGUCUGAAUUCUGCUUCUCGUGUUUAACUCUCUGUGUAAACCAAAGAUUGCAGUGUUCUGGGUAUAGCACACAGUGCAACGUUGCUCCAGUUCAGGAUGUAUUCUCUUCAUGAACAUAUUACAGUGUC